GCUGUGCAUCUAUUGGUGCUGAGUAGCCGAUGCAUACUUGUCAAAUUAGCUUCGUUGAACGAGCUCACUGUUCAGGGACGUCUCUGGCAGAAGACUGCUGUGAUCGUGGCAGACGAGUACCGGAGCUUAAUAACCAUGACGACAGAAAUCUCCACCUCCAUAAACAUCAAGGAGCCUCGAUGGGACCAAGGGACGUUUAUGGGCCGGGCCAAACACUUCUUCACCGUUACAGACCCCCGCAACGUCCUGCUCACCAACGAACAACUAGAGAAUGCACACAAAGUCAUCAGUGACUACCGGCAAGGUGUGAUGUCCCCCGGGCUGACAGAGGACGAGCUAUGGCGAGCCAAGUAUAUCUUUGACUCAGCCUUCCACCCAGACACCGGAGAGAAGAUGAUCCUGAUUGGCCGCAUGUCGGCCCAGGUCCCCAUGAACAUGACCAUCACUGGCUGUAUGAUGACCUUCUACAAGACAACUCCAGCUGUAGUCUUAUGGCAGUGGAUCAAUCAGUCCUUCAAUGCAAUAGUCAACUACACCAAUAGGAGUGGAGAUGCUCCUCUCUCAGUCAAUCAGCUUGGCACAGCCUAUGUAUCUGCUACCACAGGGGCAGUAGCCACGGCUCUAGGACUAAAUGCACUAACAAAGCACAUAUCUCCCCUCGUAGGAAGGUUAGUUCCCUUCGCUGCUGUUGCUGCUGCGAACUGCAUCAACAUCCCUCUCAUGAGGCAACGGGAACUGAAACACGGCAUUCCGAUAACCGACGAGAACGAUAACCGGUUAGGAGAGUCAACGACCGCCGCUAAGCAGGCUAUCUCCCAGGUGGUGGUGUCUAGAAUCCUCAUGGCCUCUCCUGGAAUGGCUAUCCCUCCAUUUUUAAUGAACACCUUGGAAAAGAAAGCCUUCCUGAAGAAGUUCCCGUGGAUGAGUGCACCUAUUCAAGUGGUCUUGGUGGGAUUCUGCCUGGUGUUUGCCACUCCGCUGUGCUGUGCACUGUUCCCCCAGAAGAGCUCUAUGUCAGUAAGCCGAUUGGAGCCAGAGCUUCAGGAGAAGAUCCGUGUGAGCCACCCCGGUGUGGAGAGGGUCUACUUCAAUAAAGGACUAUGAGUGUCCAGCCCAACAGUAGCGUUCCUCAGAGCAGCUCUACUAGCAGACACCACAACCCUCCUCAUUCUGUGUGCCAAAGUUCACUUCUGCUUCUCAUCCUCUCCUCUUUUCUGUCCUCUGCUCCUCAGACAGAAUGCCUUGGUUCUCUCCCUUCUCCGUCUCCCUCCCCCCUCUCUCUCGUGCCGUCUAUCUCCUCUCCCUCCUUCCCUCUCUCUCUUCUCUCUUUCUUCUCUAUCCCUCUCUCUUUCUUCUCUCUCUGUCUUCUCUCUUCUCACUGCUCUCUCCCUCUUCUCUCUCCCUCCUCCCCUCUGUCUCCCUCUCUCCGUCUUCUUUCUCCAUCUUCUCUCUCCCUCCUCCCCUCUGUCUCCUUCAGUCUUUUUGAGAUGUUUGCCUUGUUGCUGUUAUGUUGUGAAAUAUAUUGUCUCUCAUUGUGGAGCUGUGAUGAUGGUGGUUUACAGUGGGUCUGUGAACAGUAAGAGGAGAGGCUUCUAAGAUAGACAUUUGUUUGUAUUCCCACACAGUUUUUAGUCCGAUUUUUUUUUUUGGGGGGUGUCAAUUGUAUUUAGCUGCCAAAACAUUUUCAUUUUAAAAACAGUUGUUUGUGUUCAGUGGAGAACCAGGAAAAAUAACAGGGUCUGUAUUCCUGUAUUAGUAACAAUAGCAGUAAUCAGUAUUAGUCAGUCUUAAUCUAACUAUGAUACUCCAAAAUUCAGUUCAAGUAUUUGCCAAAUCUCAACAAUGUUUUGUGAGACCUCUCAACAAUACACAACCUCUAGUAAUAUAUUAGUGUCAUUUCAGAGGAUAACAAUAUGACGUACAGUUCAUUUGAAUGAAUUCAUAUUUGCCAAAUGAGUGAACUUUGCCAGGUGUGCGUCCCAAAUGGCAUCCGAUUCCUAUAAAUGCUCUGGCCAAAAGUAGUGCACUACAUAGGGAAUUAUAGGGUGCCAAAAGUAGUGCACUACAUAGGGAAUAAUAGGGUGCCAAAAGUAGUG